AUGGAAGUCUCUACGGCAGCCAGUUUGAACAUCUCUCCGCACACGUCAGCCCAUGACUCUUACAUUUGGGAUGAGGAGGAUGAGGCUGCCAUUGCCACCUGCCUUUCGUCUCCGCGCGAAGUGGCUGGAGGUGAACUGCCGAUGUAUCUCUCUGGCGAGCACUUUCUUGGUUCUGGAGUCACCCCACUGCGGUACAGUCAGGCGCAGGAGUUGCUCAACAUACUGAUGCACACUCCCUCCAUUGCCGUCAACCCGGCUUACGUCGCGAAGCUGAAGGGCUCGAGUCUCUUCACAGAAGCAGGACGCUGUGAUGUCACAGUUCCCCUCAUCUUGUCCUCUGUGACGGUCUCGCCCAAGGCGAACGCCAGGGGACAGUUUGCAAUCAUUGUUCGGGAGCACACAGGCUGCUUCAACUUGCCAACCUGCGUGGACAGGUGUUGGCUCUUCCAGAUGGACGCUAGACAGCGCAUCGUGUCGAGCACGAUCGAGAAGUUGUGCGCAGCAGGUGCCGUGCUGGAGAGCACCGUGAACCCUGCCCAGCUUCGACAAGUUAGUGACACUUCCAGAGCUCUGGUCUAUAUGGCACCUCUUGUGCCGCUCCUGCAGGACGGCGAACAUGAGAGCGAGGCUGGAGAAAGCUCACGAGGUCCGGCCAAUGCCCGGGCUGUCAAGGUCUUCAAGGCCCAGGUGCUGGAGGCACGUGGAGCAGGACCGUCCGCUUCAGCAGAUGAGCCUCCCAAGGAUGUUGCCCGGGAGUUGAAGAUGCUGGCUCUAGCACAGAAGCACAGAGCGAUUCUCUCCCUGCAUGGUCUGGCCAGGGUCCCGACCGGCUGGGCGUUGCUCACAGAGUGGUGCGAAGGGGGAUGCUUGCUGCGCCAUCUGACUGCUGGCCGGCAGUCUGAAAGCCAAGCUUCGCUGCUGGAGAAGCAGCUACUGGCUGGCAUUGGGCACCUUCACCAACGAGGAAUUGUUCACAGAGACGUGAAGCUCGAGAAUAUCCUGCUGCGUUCGAGGAGCCGGCUCGCGCUAUCGGGGUUCGCCCUCGCCGCUCCCCUUUGUGAAGCAUGCGAGGCCACAGAGCCCGUUGGGACAGUUGGCUACAUGGCACCGGAGGUCAUCCGGUAUGCACCUGCGUUGGAACCAGCAGAUGUUUUUGCUGCAGGUGUGGUGCUCUACACCCUCCUGCUUGGUCGGCAACCUUUUGGUGGUGAGACACCGGCUGAGGAGACCAAGUACAGGACAACUUGUACAGAGGCAGACUACACUGGGCUGAUCUUUCAGAACGUGUCUGGCCUUUGUCAGCGGUUGCUGCAGUCCCUUCUUGAGAAAGACCCUGUCGAACGACCGAAAGCAGUGGCAGCUGCUCAGGACGACUGGUUUUUCAUGGACCCCACGAAGCCCCUGAGAGACGUCGAGGCAUGCGACCCCUGGCAUGCGUGGUAA